CAGGGCGGGGCAGCGCAGUAGAGCCGCUCCGGGGGCGAACGGUCCAGCAAACAGCAGUGCCGAGAGCUCAAGAUGCUGCUGCUGUCGCCGCCCGCGCUCCGCCGCGCCCUGCUGGCUCGCCCGUGGAGGGCUGCCGGGCUGUGUUGGAAGCACGUCUCCUCCCUGAAGGUGGCCAAUGAGCCCGUCUUGGCAUUCACGCAGGGCAGCCCUGAGCGAGAGGCACUGCAGAAGGCCUUGAAGGAGCUGAAGGGCCGGACGGAAGCCAUCCCGUGCGUGGUGGGGGACGAGGAGGUGUGGACUUCGGACGUGCGGUACCAGGUGUCUCCCUUUAACCAUGGACACAAGGUGGCCAAGUUCUGCUAUGCAGACAAGGCCCUGCUUCACAGAGCCAUCGAGGCCGCCUUGGCCGCCAGGAAAGAGUGGGACCUGAAGCCUGUUGCAGACCGGGCCCAGGUCUUCCUAAAGGCAGCAGAUAUGCUCAGCGGGCCGCGCAGGGCAGAGGUCCUGGCCAAGACCAUGGUGGGACAGGGGAAGACGGUGAUCCAAGCAGAGAUCGAUGCGGCGGCCGAACUCAUCGACUUCUUCCGAUUCAACGCCAAGUUUGCCGUGGAGCUGGAGGGGGAGCAGCCCAUCAGUGUGCCGCCCAGCACCAACAGCGUGGUGUACCGGGGGCUGGAGGGCUUCGUGGCAGCCAUCUCCCCCUUUAACUUCACUGCGAUCGGCGGCAACCUGGCGGGAGCGCCGGCCUUGAUGGGCAACGUGGUCCUGUGGAAGCCCAGUGACACUGCCAUGCUGGCCAGCUAUGCCGUCUACCGCAUCCUCCGGGAGGCCGGUCUGCCCCCCGACAUCAUCCAAUUUGUGCCAGCUGACGGGCCCACGUUUGGGGACACUGUCACCAGCUCGGAGCACCUGUGUGGCAUCAACUUCACAGGCAGCGUGCCCACCUUCAAACACCUGUGGAAGCAGGUGGCCCAGAACCUGGACCGGUUCCACACCUUCCCGCGCCUGGCCGGAGAGUGUGGCGGGAAGAACUUCCACUUUGUGCACCGCUCGGCCGACGUGGACAGCGUGGUGAGCGGGACCCUGCGCUCAGCCUUCGAGUACGGCGGCCAGAAGUGCUCGGCCUGCUCCCGCCUCUACGUGCCCCGCUCGCUGUGGUCGCAGAUCAAAGGGCGGCUGCUGGAGGAGCGCAGCAGGAUCAAAGUGGGCAACCCUGCAGAGGAUUUUGGGAGCUUCCUCUCCGCCGUGAUUGAUGCCAAGUCCUUCAGCCGCAUCAGGAAGUGGCUGGAGCACGCCCACUCCUCGCCCAGCCUCACCGUCCUGGCCGGGGGCCAGUGUGACGACUCCGUGGGCUACUUCGUGGAGCCCUGCAUCAUCGAGAGCAAGGACCCCCAGGAUCCCAUCAUGAAGGAGGAGAUCUUCGGGCCUGUGCUGACCGUGUACGUCUACCCGGAUGACGAGUACAAAGAGACGCUGAGGCUGGUCGACAGCACCACGAGCUAUGGCCUCACGGGGGCAGUAUUUGCCCAGGAUAAGGAUGUUGUCCGGGAGGCCACAGAGAUGCUGAGGAACGCUGCCGGCAACUUCUACAUCAAUGACAAGUCCACUGGCUCGGUGGUGGGCCAGCAGCCCUUCGGGGGGGCCCGAACCUCUGGGACUAAUGACAAGCCAGGAGGGCCCCACUACAUCCUGCGGUGGACGUCACCCCAGGUCAUCAAGGAGACCCACAAGCCUCUGGGGGAUUGGCGCUACCCAUACAUGCAGUGAGCCCCGCUCGGCGCCUCUGCCGUCCACCCGUCUGUCUCUCCAAACGACUGACCUCAGUGCACUGACCCCACCCCAGGCCCUCCACCCGCUCCCCACAGGACGACCCUCUUUCUAGGGUUGAGGCCUGCCCCCUGCCCCCCACUGGCCUGGCCUGGCCCACCCUUGGAGUCAGAUGCCGGGCUCUGGUUUGAGAUUACGCAGUGGGGAGAACAGGGCUGCCACCCUUGACCCCAUCGGCUGUCCUAGAAAUUCCAUCUGGUAGGUGUGACCUUGGUGCCCGGCUGGUUCUCCAUCCGUCCCCUUCCCUUUCCUCUACACUGUGGCCCAGUGGCUCAGGGACCUGAGGAAUGGUGGUAGAGUAGCUCACGGAUCCGUGGAGGAAAAGGAGGCAGCGGGGGCGCCUGGCAAACCUCACCACCCCCAGAGGCUCCUGGCCUGGCCCCGGCUUCUCCGGGUGUGCAGGGUCGCGUGUGGCCACAGUGGCCUACAGGGCUGGCAAGUCGUGGCUGCAGGGCAUGGGAGCACCAGCUGGCCUUGCCCUCUGUAGUCCGGGCGGCUCACUAGCUCUUUGCCCAGGUGCGCCUGUACCAGCAGGUACCUGUGCCCAACCAAAUGCCUUAGACCCCGUGUGCCUUGCUCCAGAGUGCCUGAGCUCACCUGAGACCCACGGAUUCCUGGCUAUCUCCGUUUGGGGGUCUGGGGGGACUGCUGCAGACCACCUGCCAAGAUGUGGGAUGUGCUGGUCCUUCCUGUUUGGGCUGUGAGAUUGGCAGACUUUGGGGGGCCCUUCCUGCUGCUUCCCUUAGCUCUCGGGUCCUGCCUCUAGAGCCUGGGGUUUCCUGCAGGAGCUCAGCACCCGCUGGCUGUGGUUGAACAGGCCCGGGUACAUGUUGCUCCCACCUUCCCCAGCACCCUGAGACCUCUCCUUGGGUCCCCGUCCAGCCCGGGCUGAGGCUUGCCUCUAGAAUUAUCCCUCCUUUGCACGUUAGUGGCUCUGUGUGGACUGGCCCCUAAGAGGCUUGUUCCUUGACGCAGCCAAUCGGUGGACACUUGCAAAUGCAUCCUGAGUAGAUUCUGGGUGGCCAGGGAAUGAGAAGUGGUGACUUUGGAGGACAGCUUUUAGGGGGCCCCGAAAGGGCUGGACCCUCCUCAAGCACAGCUGGCAGGGGGCCCCCGCGGGGCUGGGGUGGCCGUUCCCCAAGUGCGCGGUCACACGCCUUGGCCCCCGGUCAGGGGUGGGUCCUGAUGCUGCCCGGGUUGUUUCCCACAAGGGGCCAGGUCAGGCGCCGGGGGCUGGAGGUGUUCUGAUUCUACUGGUUCUACACUGUGAGGUGGCAAUAGGAGCUGCCUGAUGCCACCUAAUAAAAUGCCUCUUACUUAACCAAGUCGGUGGUCUUUCUGGUGGGGUUGGUGGGGACUGGUCACCUUCUACAUCCAACGGAGUUGCCAGUGUGUCAUUAGGUGUCAGGAGGGCAGUGCCCUUGGUGUGAUGGAAGGAAGGGUGAGCACUGAUGCCGGGAAUCCCUGCUGUGGGUGGCAGGAACUCUGGCGCCGGAGGGCCUGGGUUCAAAUCCCGGCUCCAAAAAGUUGUGCAAGCUCUCUGACCCUCUGCCUCUUCAUGUCUUAGAUGGAAAUAACCACACACACACACACACACA